AUGAACAACUGGACGUAUCCUCAAAUCUCGGCUACGAAUACCACAAAUGACUGGAAUAUCUUAUACCAUCUUGGAGGUAACGGACCUUGGAUUCCUAAAGUGGAUGGAGUUGUUGAAGGCGGAUUGGCGCCACCCGAAGGCUGCAGAGUUGAACAAGUGCAUAUGAUGGCCAGACACAACGAACGAUACCCAACAAGUCGAACAGCCGCAAAAAUGGUCUCCCUGCACAACCGCCUCCGCACACUCGACUUCAACCUGCAAGGCGACCUCUCUUUCUUUCACAACUGGACAUUCUUCAUGCCUCAAAACUACACCUCAGAAAUCGGCAAACUCAUUCCCACAGGUCCCUACGCCGGAACUCUGGGUGCCUUUGCCGCAGGCGUAUCCCUCCGUACCCAAUACCCAGAUCUUCAAGCUGCAUCACUCUCACGCAACCAGACCAAUUUCUGGGCGGCAGAUUCCCACCGUGUAGUGGAGAGUGCAAAGUACUUCGCCGCCGGAUUUUGGGGCAUUGAGUGGCGGGAUGUAGCGAGGUUGCAAGUGAUACCAGAGACGAAAGAGCUGGGCGCGGAUACCUUGACAACAGGAGUAACUUGUACAGAUUACCUCCGCUCUCACAACCCCGAAGGCCGUCACAAAGGCCUUCACAAACUCGUGGAAUGGCAAAAACACUACAUUCCCCCGAUAAUCGCUCGCAUGGAAUUUCAAAACCCAGGGUUGAAUCUAACAAUCCAUGAAGUGUUUAGCAUGCAACAACUCUGCGGUUUCGAAAUCCUAGCCAGAGGAAGCAGUCCCUGGUGCAACAUCUUCACCGAACACGAAUGGAAGGAUUUCGGAUACGUGAGGGAUCUCCUCCAUUACUACCGCACAGGACCUGGGAAUAAAUACAGCGCAGCCCGAGGCUUCCCAUUCUUAAACGCCACCACCAAUGUCCUAUAUACAGGUCCUUCAGCGGGAAGUGUAUUUUUAAGUUUCGUUCACGAUGGCGAUAUUUUACCUUUACUGUCAACACUUGACCUCUUCCCUUCCUCCCCCUUACCCACCGAUCACGCCCCUGACCCCAGGACUUGGAAAAUCUCAGAUGUGGUGCCGAUGGGUGGACGCAUCAUUUUCGAACGCCUCGCGUGUCCGCAAAUCUACUGUCAUUCCAACGCUCCUUUAUAUCCUAAUCACAUUUAUUGUGAUCCGCCAAAAGAUGAAUUGUAUAUCCGGGUCAUAAUCAAUGAUGGUGUGGUAGCUAUCCCAGAUUGUCAAGACGGACCUGGGAAAAGUUGCGCUUUGGCUUCGUUUGAGAGAAAAGUCAUGUUGAGGGGUUGGGAGGUUGGUGAUUUUGGUAAAACGUGUGGAUUGGAGGAGGGAGCGGCUGAUAAGGUUACUUUUUUGCAUCAAUGA